AUGAGCUGAUCGCCAACCAGGAGAUCAGAAUGAUCGCAUCUGCUCCUAGAAAAAUCAAACCUCCCCUCACUGAAAAUCAGGCAUAUCAAAAGACCCUGGAAUUACCUAGGCCAAGAACCACUAGGUAUGGAAAACAGUCAUUCAGCUAUGCGGCUGCUACGCUGUGGAAUUCUCUACCAAAUCAUGCUAGGGAACUUUCCACCCUCAGCCAAUUUAAAACUUUCAUAGAGACAUGGACGGGGGAAAAAUGCAAAUGCAAUUCCUGCAGAAACCACAGCGAUGGUAAGAAGGAGGGGGACCCUGCAUAUUUUGCAUGGAAUGAAGGAAAGGCCAUGGAUUUCUCUGAUCCUGAAUGUACAAAAAGGAGGAAAAAACUCAAAAGUGAGGAGUCCCUGUCAUCUUCACAGAUGGACCAGUUGCAGAUUCCACAAGCACCAAAAUGUCAAUAUCAAGAAAAAUUGAUAUCAGAGCACAACUACUCAGCAUCCUGCACAUUUAACUGUACUCAAGAAAUGCAGCGCCUCUCAACAGAAAUACAACUGGAAAAGGAAUUGCUUGCCCUAAAAAUAGAGUCUAGUAAAAGGAAGCCAAUAUCAAUCCACGAUAUUAAAUACAACGAAGAGAAGGUCUCUGAUCAGCAAGGGCAUUUUCUCUAUAUAAGAAGAAAAUGGAGACUCCCUACCCACCCGAUGUAUUUUGUCGGACAGUUUUCUGUACAUUGCAGUCACCAAUAUAUCCAAAUAUCAUCACCGGCCCAGACGUCAUUCACUCCUUUGAAUUGUGCUGGUAGCAGUAAGGUGUCAUCAUUUGAGAUGGUCACAGUAUCCAAUACACUGAAGUCACAGGACUCAAAUUUCAUACAUGUUCACAGGGUCUCUGCCAAAAUCUUUUGAGGAUUUUUCCUCUGCUAGAGCAUCCAUGGAUGCAAAUGAAACAACCCAGGACAUCCCAACACAUAUGGAUAAUCAGGCCAUGGCCUACAGUAUGUACAAAAGUUGCCAUACUUUUAAAGCAGUAACUUGCGUGCCUCCAAAUGGUGCACUUACAUUUUGCUCCAUGCUGUACCCAGGUUCUACUUCUGAUGUAGCUAUUGUACGUCACAGCCAAGUUUUACGAAAGUUCAAAGCUGGAGACCUUAUUUUGGUGGUCAAAGGUUUCACCAUUCAUGACCAGUUGCCCCAGGGUGUCUGCUUAAUUAUAAAAGCUCUUUUAUCGACACGAGGCCAGUUUACCAUACAAGAAGCAGCACUGUUACAAGAUUGCUAAAGCACUUAUUCAUGUGGAAAGAGCCAACGAGAGGAUAAAGAAUUACGAGAUUCUCCGUCACAUACCAUCUACUUACAGACCAAUCUCAACAAAAAUAUUUCAACUCUGUUCUUGUCUUGUAAACUUGCAAGCUCCACUUUUGAAAGAAAUUACUUAAAGAUACAUGUACUUAUUAUAAAUUUGCAUUGGCGUGUGACAGUAUACACUAAACAGUGAAGAUAUUCAUACCAAAGUGCAAGGGAUAAGCAAAUUUUGAUUUGUUAUCAAUGUCAAUGGUUAUAUUUGUUAACUUUGUAGUAUGUUGUAAUACAUGUACUUCAGAAAAUGAAAA